AUCCCCCAUUCAUCUCAAUCUUCACAUUCACAUUCAAAUUCUUCGCUUCAUUUGCUGUUCUAACAAUGGCUGCUAUUCCUAUUUCUCUUCUCGCCAUUAUUGUCUCCUUGCUCUCUGUCGACGCUAGGAUCCCUGGAGUUUACUCUGGCGGCCAGUGGCAGAGCGCUCAUGCUACUUUUUAUGGCGGCAGUGAUGCCUCUGGAACCAUGGGUGGUGCUUGUGGUUACGGAAACUUGUACAGCCAAGGUUAUGGCGUGAAUACCGCGGCGUUGAGCACUGCUUUGUUCAACAACGGUUUAAGCUGCGGAGCUUGCUUCGAGCUCAAGUGCGCUAACGAUCCGCAGUGGUGCCAUGCCGGCAGUCCGUCGAUUUUCAUCACCGCCACAAAUUUUUGUCCUCCUAACUACGCUCUUCCGAGCGACAAUGGAGGCUGGUGCAACCCUCCCCGACCUCAUUUCGACCUCGCAAUGCCUAUGUUCCUCAAGAUCGCCGAGUACAGAGCCGGAAUCGUUCCAGUCUCUUAUCGAAGGGUGCCAUGCCGGAAACAGGGAGGAAUUAGGUUCACAAUCAACGGCUUCCGAUACUUUAAUUUGGUACUGAUCACAAACGUGGCAGGCGCAGGAGACAUCGUGAAGGCGAGCGUGAAAGGCAGCAAAACAGAGUGGAUGAGCCUGAGCCGAAACUGGGGUCAAAACUGGCAAUCAAACGCCGUUUUGGUCGGUCAGUCACUGUCGUUCAGGGUUACAUCCAGUGACCGUCGCACCACCACUUCGUGGAACAUCGUCCCUUCCAAUUGGCAGUUUGGCCAGACCUUCACCGGCAAGAAUUUCAGGGUCUGAAAAUUUUGAAACCCUUCCCGCUCUUUUUUUUUCUUCAACAACUUGCUUAUCUUUUUGCUUUUUGCUUCAAUCAAAUAUGGGUGGGGGUGAAGGGUUUCCUUAGAGGGACGAGAAAGUGCGAGAAAAAUGAGAGAAAAGUGAGCGCGGAGUUUAGGGGAUUUUAAUGGUAGGGGGAAACUUUUUGACUUGUGAGGUGGGAGUGUGUGUGAAUGCAUGUUGUCUCUCUCAUGGGGAAGGAGGUGUAUUUCUUUUACUUUGUUUGUUGUAAUGAGAAGAAUGGCUGAAAGUGGCUGCUUAUUACUACAGCCCGCAGCUUUGCUUAUUACUAUAAA